AUGAGUGGAUUUCAUUCAGGUGUAUCAAGAAAACUAUUUUGCAAUGUUGAUAAAUUAUAUUUCGAUAAUUUAAAAAAUUUAGAUGAACGUUUAAAUUUGAAUAAUAACUUUAAUGAAAAUAAAUAUGAACAAUUUUGCAAUAAAAAUUUUUUAAGGAGUAACAGAAGAUUUAAAACAGAACCUCCUAAAAAAUUGUUUGAAAAUGAAAAAGAAAACAAAAAAUUUUAUGCUUCAUUUUUCCGUAAGAUAUUUAGAAAUUUAUCUCAAAAUAUAACAUAUAGUGAAGAUAAAAAAAAUGAAAAUGAAACAAAAAAAGAAAAAAAUAUUUCAUAUCUUGUCGAAAAAAAGAAAAAAAUUAUAAAUAAAGACAACAAUAUUAUUUAUAAAAAAUUUUCUGAUGAUGUUAAUUGUUCAAAAAAUAAAGACAAUUUAUUAUAUAAAAGUUCAUCUAAUGAAAAUGAUUUCAAUAUAAAAAAUGUAUAUAGCACAACUCACAAAACAAUAGUAUGUAAUAAAAAAGAUGAAGACAAUGAAAAGAAGAAAAUUGCUGAUAAAGAUAAGGAAAUAUGUCAUGAUAAAAAGAAUGAUAGUGAAAGAAAAAAAGAUGAUAAUGAUAUGAAAAAUAAAGAAAAAUAUGAAGAAGAAAAUGAAGAAGAAGAAGAUAAUGGUGAAGAUGAAAAUAAGAAUAAAAAAGGAAAAAUGAAAAAUAGCAUAAGUACAAUAGACACAAGCAUAAAUAAAAAAAAUGAUGUAAAAAGCACAAGAUUAGUAAAUAGUGAUAUAAUAUCAGAUGUUUUUUUAAAAAAAAAUGUCAAAAGUUUAGUUGUUCAUGAUACUGGUGGAAUAGAUAUAGAAUUAAUUGAAAAUGAAAAUCCGGAAUUUUUAUAUCAUACAUAUACAGGUAAUAGGAUAUCAAAUAUAUAUUAUGAAUAUGAUGAAUCAAUUAAAAGUAAAGAGGAUCUUUAUAAUGAUAAGAAAAUAAAUAGAUUUAAUUCAUCAUUUUCACAUAAAGGAAAUAAUAUAAAAAAUUUAUAUAACUAUGGAUGUUAUUUUAAAAAAGAAUCUGUGAAAAGUAAUGAAGAAAGAUUAGGAAAAAAGAAUUCAUUUAAUUAUAAAUCAGAGUAUUCCUUGGAUAGUUAUCACAGUAAAGUUUAUGAAGAACAAAAUAACGUAAGGAAAAAUAACAUAGAAGACAAUGUUGCAAAUUCUUCUAAUGAAUAUCUUUAUAAUGAAUAUUAUAAUGAGAUAAAUGAAAAUAAAAACAAACCCAUGAAAAAAUCUUCAUCAGAAUGCAAUAAAAUAUUUGAUACAUAUUCAUCUAUUUCUAGUGUGUCAUUAAAUAUAUCAGAUAAAGAAAAAAUUAAAAAAUAUUAUUACAUUGGAGAAACAUUUAAUAAUGUAAGAAAUGGAUGGGGAAUGCUUAUAUAUAAUGAUAGAGUAAUAUUUGAAGGGGAAUAUAAAAUGAAUAACGCCAUUGGCUAUUUUAUUAAAUAUAAUGAAUAUUCAACAGAGUUUGGCUAUAGAAGUCCUAUAAGUAUUAAAUCAGUUAUUAUAAUGAGUGAUAGUGAUAAUUUUAUUAUACAAAAUAAAUGCGAACAUUUGGAUUCUUAUAAAAACAAUGAAAAUUCCGACAAAAAUUUAAAGAUGUGUAAUAAUAAUAAUAAUAAUGAUAAUGAUUUAAUAAAUAAUAAAAUGGAAAAAAGUGAUACUGAUUUUUGUACUUCCGAAAAAUAUACUAAUGUAAGUAAUUCAACUUCUGUAUCAGAUAGCAAAUCUGUAGGAGCUUAUUCUUCUCUGUAUGAUAAACAUUGCAACGAAAAUGUUAUGACAAACAGUUUUUUAUUUAAUGCAAAAAGUAAUAAUUAUUUACAUAAAAAAGUCGAAGAAGGAAGUAAAAUAAAAAAUUUAAGUAUGCUUUCUAGUUACUUCAGAAGGAAUAGUAAACAUAAAACUUCACCAGCCCAUACUAUAAAUUAUUUAAAGCCUCCAGUUAUGAAUUUUAUUAAAAAUGAUUUAUUAUUAAAUAAAAAUUCUCUUUCCAAAAAUGAUAAAACUUCUGUAAGAAGAAAAAAAAAAUGUAAAACUACUCACAUUUCAAGUCCAAUGAAUAUUAUAGUGACAUCAUUAGAUACAGAUGAUGAAGAAAAUUUUUCUGAAAAGGAUGAAGAAAGGAAUUUAUUAAAUAGUAAAAAAUUACUUAAAAAUGAAUAUAUAUGCCCUUUAAAAAUAUUAAAUAAACAAAAAAUUGAUAAUGAAAAGACAGAUAAAAAUAACAUACAGAAUGAUUCUAUAAAAUUUCCUUAUGAUAAAAGAGAAAUGGAAGAUAAUUUCGAUAAAAAUGAGAAAGAAACAUUUAAUUUUAUGAAUUUGGGUUCACAAAAAUUAGAUUUAAAAAGCAAUAUAGAAGAAAAAGAUGAUAUAAUAUUUAAUAAUUACGAAGAAAUAAAUUAUAGUGACUUUAUUAUUGAAAGUAAGUUACAAAGUAAUGCAGAGAAAGACAAUGAAAAUGAAUAUUUGAAUAAUAGUUAUAAAGAAGAUAACUUGUGUAACUUUGAUGCUGCCUCUGUUAAAAAAAAAAAUAUAAAAUCUCAUGUUAAUUUGAAAAAUGGUGAUGAAGACAUAGUAGAGGAUCAGAAUAAGUUAAAUAUAAAAAUUAAUGAUGAAUAUAAAAACUUGCUUUGUGAAAAUAUAAAUAAUGAUAAUUUCGUUAUUAAAAAUAAUGAAAUUACUACUUUUCAAAAUUUUUUGGAAAAUAAGGAAAAUUAUAUGAAGAAUAAUCAGUGGAGAGAAUAUAUGAACACAACAAAAACAAAAUUUAACAUAAAGGAAGUUUUUGAAGAGCAAAAAAAAAAAAAUUUACCAUUUAAAUCUGAAAUUGAAAAUAAUCAAAGAGACAUUAAAAGAAAAGAAAAAAGUAAAGAUGAAAAUUUAUUAAAGCAGAACAUUUUUGAACCAGAUAUAAAUAAAAAGUGGGAUAAUAUAUCUCAAUAUAAAAAAGAAGAAUUUCAUAUUUUUGAUUAUGAUAGAGGAUUUCUUAGAAAAAAAUUAAGAGGAGCAACCUUUCCAGAAACUCACGAUGAUAGGCAAAAAAACUGUUUUUUAUUUAUUGAUGAUUAUUUAACAUCAAAUGAAGAUAAAUUUGAUAUAAUUAAUGAAGAUGUAAAAUUAAGAGCUUCUGACUAUAAUAAAUGGUCUGUAAAUAUGUUAUAUAAUUUUUUAAAAAUGAUAGGUUUAAAAAAAGAAGCAUAUUUAUUUAAGAUAAAUAAGAUAAGAGGAUAUCAUAUAUUAAAGUUAACAGAUAAAGAGUUAAAGAAGUUGAAUAUAAAUAAUUCUUAUGUUAGAAAAUUUGUUUUAUCUGUUUUUCGAUUUUUGGUAAAUUCUUUAGAUAAUGCCGAUCCAUUGUCAAUCAAUUUUAACACUAGUAAAAGAUUCUCUUUUAAUAAAAUUACAAAUAUAUGCAGUAUUGAUAUAUCUUUAUUAAAUAAAGUAGGAGGAGGAAGCUAUGCACAAGUAUUUAAAGCAAAAUAUAAAGGUAUUUAUGUUGCUUGUAAAAUUUUUUUAUAUAACCCUAAACAAAUAAAUGAAGAAACUUACUGUGAAAGUUACAUAUCAACCCCAAGAUCUAGUCAAAAAUGCAUUUUACCUAAAAUUAACAAAAAUUUGAAUUUAGUUAACUAUGAGCUAGAAAAGAAACACACACAAGAGGAUAAGGUAGAGGAACAAGAAGAAAAUGAAGAAGAAAAAAAAAAAAAAAGUGAAGAAGAAAUAAUGAAUAAUUCUGAUACAUUACAAAAAAAUAAAAAAAUUAAAAAAAUGGCAAAUUUAGAAAUUUUUCGUUAUUUCCCAACACCUGUGAAAUAUAGAAAUUAUGAAGCAAAAAUUUUGUAUUCCUUGCAGGAAUGCAAGCAUGUAAUAAAAUUAAUAGGAGUCUGUAGUUUAAAAGAAGGAGAAGAAUCUUUAAUAUUGCAAUAUUGUCCUGGUGGUAGUUUAGAAAAAUAUAUAUACAGAGAUGAAAAAAAAAAGAAUUCUUAUAUAAGAUAUUUAUCAAGACCAAAAAUAGUUAAAAUAUUUCAACAAGUGGCAGAGGGAAUGCAUAAUAUCCAUUCUAAUCAUUUUUUUCAUAGAGAUUUAAAAUUAUCUAAUAUAUUACUGGAUGAAUAUCAAAAUGCUGUUAUAUCUGAUUUUGGUUUAUCUACGAAUUUUUCUCCAAAUGAUAGUCCAACUGCAUAUGCUAUGUAUGGAAACAUUUUUUAUGCAGCUCCCGAAGUUUUGAAAGGAGAAGGAUUUUUCAAAGAAUCCGAUGUUUGGUCAUUUGCUGUUAGUUUAUGGGAGGCUUUAACAAAAAAAAUUGCAUAUGAUGGAUUAUCUGCUUCAGAAGUUUUUUGUAAAAUAUCAGCUGGUGAGUUAGUAUUGCCUAUUCCAAAUGAUUUGCCGACUGAAUUAUCAAAUCUUUUAAAGAGUAUGCUAGAAUAUGAUUUUACAAAAAGACCUCUUUUUCAUGUAAUUGCAAAAAAAUUAGAAGACAUUAGAAUUACAGCUGAAAAGAAAUUACAUUCAGAUAUUAUUUCUUUCUUUGAUGGAUAA